AUAUAUUUAGAGGUUUAUUCGUGGUGGUCAAAUGUUCGUUCGCCGAUUCCAAGCUAUAUUGUUCUACGGGAUAAUUAUUUAAUUUCCAAGUUAUUUUUCAUUCGUUCUGAAAUGGCAGCAUUUGAUAUUAAAGGAAAAAUCGCGUUGGUUACCGGUGGCGCUAAUGGUAUUGGCUUAGCUUACGUUAAAUUACUAUUAGAAAAUGGAUUGAAGGGCAUUGGCAUUGUUGAUCUUAACCCUAACGGCAAUGAGGUAGCUGCAAAUAUAAAUAAACAAUAUGGCGAUGGGACAGCAAUUUUCAUAUUGGCAAAUGUGAUUAAUAAGGGUGAACUCUCAGCCGCAUUUGAUAAGACAAUCGCUCAAUUUAAAGGGUUAGAUAUCGUUAUUAACAAUGCAGGAAUUAUGUAUGAUGCUGACUGGGAAAAGGAAAUAGCUCUGAAUUGUAAUGCUGUCGUGGAAGGAAGUCUACUGGCCGUUAAACAUCUUGGAAAAAAUAACGGAGGAAAAGGUGGUGUUGUUGCCAAUAUUGCAUCAAUAUUGGGAUUGCAAAAACUCGCUGGAUGCCCCAUAUAUGUUGGAACGAAACAUUUUGUAGUUGGAUUGACCAGAUCAUUUGGUACAGAUUACUAUUGGAAUUUGACAGGAAUUAAGUUUGUAACCAUGUGCCCUGGAGUAACUGACACACCCCUUAUCUCAGACGCAAAUAGAUUUGCUUUACAGGGUUAUCCUAAAUUAGGAGAAUUGUUAGCAAACGAACUUGGAUCUCUACCCGCUCAACCAACAUCCAAUGUAGCACAAGGAAUGAUCACCUUGAUCACCAAAGGAUCAAAUGGUAGUGUUUGGGUUUCCGAAGGAAACGAGCCUGUCUAUGAGGUGUCGAUACCGGAGAGAACUACGUUACGCAAAUCAUAGGAUUGCAGCAUGUCAAUAAAGCAUUUACUAGAGCUAGAGAGUCUAAUUUCGAUUUGUACUGUUUUUUAGAUACUUAGAAUAAAUUGGUAUCACUAAAAGAAAGUA